AUGGAGGGUAAGGCGUACAUUGAUGGCAAGGCAGUACCGUGUCUCAUGACGCUGUGCCAGGUGCAAGCAUUAUUUCCUCAAGGCGUACUAGGCCUUCGUGAAUGCUUUGGUGGGAAAUCCUAUGUUAUUCCCGAGGCGGAUGGUAGCGUCCGUCUUAAGGCAGGUUCUUCGUAUUCGCUGGGGUCGAGUGCUGCUGCAAGGGAGUGGUCGAGCCCAGGUGCAACUCAGGGAAGAGUAAGCGAGGCCCGCAACUGGGAUCCUUCCGCGACCACUUUGCCUCGUUCGGCCGCUGUGUUCGUUAAUACCCCCGUGGCAGUGUCUACUUCGGAUGCGGCUGAUGAAACGCUUCUUAUUCCUUGCCCCAAUGCACUGUCGUUCCAUGCGGGAAAAAGUGUGCAGGGCAAUGAUCUUACACCUCUCCCACAAGAGACGGAAUUGGGCACACGGGGCAGUAACAUGAGAUAUAAUCUUGGGGAGGCAGGUUCCUUUGUGGAUGAUGAGGAUGGUCGUAGACAUGUCGAUUACUCUGGGAAUUUGCCACGCAUUUUGUCUCAGGUCCGUCUUGGGGACACCCCCGGAAAGCACAUUCAAGAUCGCGUUCAUGAGUAUGUCUUUCUGCCCUCACUCGCGAUCCGCAUAAUUGACACGCUUGAGUUUCAGCGUCUUCGUUCGCUGAAGCAGCUUGGUACCACCGUCUUUCUUUAUCCAGGCGCAACACAUACGCGUUUUGAGCACUCCAUUGGUGUGGCGCAUUUGGCGUCUGAAAUGGUUCGUCAUAUUGCGAUUUGUCAACCAGAGUUGGGUAUUACACUAGCUGAUAUCCUCUGUGUAACUGUUGCAGGGCUCUGUCACGACAUUGGGCAUGGUCCAUUUAGCCAUCUGUUUGAGACAAUUGUGAAUCGUAUUCGUGCAAAGGAAGGGAAGAAAUCACCGUGGCAUCAUGAGCAAAUGUCAGUUCGUCUUCUGCGUCGUAUUCUCUCCAAUAUUGAUCUUGAAGAAUAUAAUCUGACAGAUGAGGAUGCCCGUUUUAUAGAGCUUUGCAUAACGGGGCUUUCUCCUAGGUUACCGUGGCCCACCGACAUUGGACGUCCGCCGUGCAAACGUUUUCUUGUGGAUAUUGUCGCAAACAAGCGCAAUGGUCUGGAUGUAGAUAGGCUUGACUACUUUCUCCGAGACUCGCUCGCCUGCUAUGGUCGCGCCUCUCUUGACGUACAUGUUCCUCGUCUACUGAGCGCCUGUAAGGUGUUCUGCUACGAGGGUGAGUAUCAAAUUUGUUUUGAGGAAAAGAUGGCCCUGAAUCUCGGGGACAUUUUUAAUGUCCGGGCAAAACUGCAUAAGCACGCGUACCAGCAUCGGAUCGUUAAGGUCACUGAUUACAUGGUUUCCGAUGCCCUGCUCGAGGCCGAUAAGUACUUCACGGUGCGUGGCGCAGACGGUGAUCCUAUUCGCAUGUCGGACUGUGUGGAGGAUGAGGUGGGCUUCUGUCAACUUGGGGAUUGGGUGUGUAACGCCAUUGCCGCCUCUACUGAUCCGCGUUUGCAGAACGCGCAGUCAAUCAUUCAGCGCAUUAAUGAGCGGGACCUAUACCGGGUUGUCGAUAUGGCCAUGUUCUCGCUGUUUCAAGUAAGGGCGACAGAGGAAAGCAUUCAUAAAGAAAUAUUGACUCGGUAUAGAGAAUUGGUAAACGAUGAGCUGCUGUGGGAUGCAGCUGAAAAGACGUUGAUUGUCUCGUUCAUUGUGAUCACGUUUGGUAGCCUCGACGACCAGGGGUAUCCCGACGAUCCCAUCAACCACGUCACGUUUUACAACCCAAAGGAUAUCGGGUUAGGUGCCUUCAAGCUUCCAAAGACACGUGCGAGCCCCCUGUUUUCGCCACGUGACUACGGGGAGAAGAUGGUUCUUGUCAUGGUGCGCGACGAGGUGUUCCUCGACGGCGUCAGGGCGGCGUUUGACGCAUGGAAGGCUGAUUACGGCCCACGCUUGGGGGUGGCCGUGCCGACAAGUAACAUACGGAAAGAUGAGACCCCUGGGAAGGGAUCUGCGAGGGCAAAGCGCACGAAAGAAAGCAAUAUCGCACUAACAAGUGACGACGUUGUUCCUUUUGAAGAAAUGCAGCGGCGCGCACAAUCGGCCUCUUCGUCGCAGGAAUCAUUCCAGAAGAGACAAACUGUGCAACUGGAUUUAAAGAGAGCUCGAACCCCCAGCUGCAGACCCUAUGUUUCACAAGAAGAACACUCGAAUGAGGAGGAGCGGAUCGGUGAAGACCUGAAAAGAAUUCGCCGCUCCGACUAG